AUGUCGGCCACCUUCAUCGGCAACAGCACGGCCAUCCAGGAGCUGUUCAAACGCAUCUCGGAGCAGUUCACGUUCACCGCCAUGUUCCGGCGCAAGGCCUUCCUGCACUGCUACACGGGCGAAGGCAUGGACGAGAUGGAGUUCACCGAGGCCGAGAGCAACAUGAACGACCUGGUGUCCGAGUACCAGCAGUACCAGGAUGCCAUGGCCGAGGAGGAGGGCGAGUUCGAGGAGGAGGCCGAGGAGGAGGUGGCCUAGAGCUGUUACCUGGUAAAGCGCGUGGAAGCGGUGUGAACGCUUUAUUCACUCACAACCUGUUCUCUGUGUGCACUUGCUCUCCUUCCUGUCUUGACGUCACAUUGCUGUCCAGACACCACCAUUAAAGCAUUUUCAUAGUGAAAAAAAAAAAAAAAAA